GUCGGUCAGGCGGGGAGGGGAGUGUCUUUGGGAGACAGGAUGAGAAGAUCUGUUAGAUUCUUCCUACCCAAGCUCUGAUCGGACACUUCACAUCAUUUCACAGAGAAACCGAAGGACGUCCUACUAAAUCAGGUUGGCAACGAUGAUGGAUUUUUUUCAGAUUGAUGAGAAACCUCUAUGCGUCCUUGCCUCCGGUCCCCCACAGGCAAUUUAACAGACAGAGAAGUAGAUCUUCAUCAUAAAGCCGUGACAGUCAAGAGGGCGAGAUAAAAAGAGAAAGCGAGGCCGAACGGAGCAAACAAGGACAUUCUUAUGAUAUAAGAAGAUCCGGUACGUUAAUGGUCGUCCGUAGCGCCGCGGGAUAAUUAUUGGAAGAAUUUGAAGAAGAAUAAUUUGUCCCUCAUGUUAGUGAAGACUUCAGGAGAAAUAAUGAAGACAGUGUCGCCCGGCUCUAGUAGGUUUCUCGUUGGGUUGAUAUGGUGUCUAUUGAUUCUAAUGGGUCCCCUAGUGGCGCGAGGACAAAACGACACGGAGCCCAUAGUGCUGGAGGGCAAGUGUCUGGUGGUCUGCGACUCGACGCCCUCCUCGGAGCCAGCGGGAAAUGCACUGGGGAUGUCAGUGCGCUCAGGUACCGGCCGCGUGGCCUUCUCCGCCACACGCCAAACCAACCAUGAGCCCACAGAUAUGAGCAAUCGCACCAUGAUCAUCUACUUCGACCAGAUCUUGGUGAACAUUGGUAGUCAUUUCGACCAGGAGAGCAGCAUCUUUCUCGCUCCACGCCGAGGGGUGUACAGCUUCAAUUUCCACGUGGUGAAGGCUUACAACAGACAAACCAUUCAGGUGAGCUUAAUGCUGAACGGAUGGCCGACGAUCUCCGCUUUUGCUGGAGAUCAGGAUGUGACGCGGGAGGCCGCCACUAACGCCGGGCUUGUGAUCAUGGAGAGAGGGGACAAGGUUUACCUCAAACUAGAGAGAGGCAACUUAAUGGGAGGCUGGAAGUACUCCACCUUUUCGGGCUUCCUGGUCUUCCCGUUGUGAAGAACGAUGAGGCGAACGAGCUGAGAGACGAGACGAGACGGGGUGACCUGCUCUCUGAAGUUGCACUUUGGAGAAAAUCAAUGACGGGAAAACAGAUACCACAAAAUGAGAAAUCUAUCUAUAUCUUAAACAUGUUCCUUUAUGUCUUUAUUUAUCCAAAUGCGAGAAAACAGAAUAAUGUGUUAUAAUUGAAAACGAAAAUGUGUGUUAUGGUUCGGAAAUGUCAUGUAUUUCUUAAUAGGUCUGUAUGGUAACAUGUAUGGUUGACCUAAACAUUGAUCUUGAAAUACAGUGAGACUGCCCCAUAAAUAAUACUAGGUUUGAAAUUAGGUAUUUAUUGAACUUGUAAUCACUUUAAAAUGUUAGUUCACCAUUUACUCACCCUCUUGUCAUUUCAAAGCUGCAUGACUUUCUGUCUUCUGCAGAACACAAAAGAAGAUAUUUAGAAGAAUGUUGUUUACGCCCCCCAUACACUUGCAUUGGUAAGUGAAUGAGAGGCUCUGCUGUUACCAGCAUUCUUCAAAAUAUCUUCUUUUGUGUUCUGCAGAAGAAAGAAAGUCAUACGGGUUUGAAAUGACAAAUGAUGACAUGAUUUUCGUUUUAAAGGUGAACUACUCAUUUAAAUGUCUGAAUUCUUCCUUUGCUCAUGUCUGCCUGCUUGUUGAGCUACGUGUCUAUAUUCUCAACUUUGUAAAGUCUCAUUAUUAAAGGUAAUCUCUUAACUAAA